AAAAAAAUAGGCUAGGGAUGAAAUGAACAGGGGAUAUAAAGGGAGAAAAGAAAUAAGCAAUUAGGAAAUUGAACAUCAAAGAAUGGUAAGGUCUAGCAAUAUGCCAAAGAUAAUUCUGCGAAAUGAUUCUGAAUUGUGUUUUCUCGGUUUCGCCGCGCUGUUGGCAGUGGCGAGACCAUGCCAGCACGCAAAUUUCUGUACCUGAAGUUCACUGAUUAGAAAAGAGAACUUCGCGUUCUUCCUAUGCCAAGAUUCGGUCUUGCUUUGGAGCGCACCAGUUUCUUUUAUUUAGCCUAGUUUUUCUCCUCAUUUAGACGCUCUGAAGCUCAGCGGGACCUCAGCCCAGCGUCGCCGCGCCUGUCGAGAUAGUGAGGAGAGAACAGAAUUGUGGAGGCUGUCAAGUUCAAGAGAGCGAUAAAUUUUUUAAAUAAACCGAGAAAAAAAAUCUCCCGACGGUGCCGUUUUGCUUGCAACUGACAGGAGAAAAUAUGUAUCCGUGUUUUUCUUUUGCAGGCGAAACACAGAUAGACCAAGACACUGAAAAGGAGCGGUAAAGACGGCGCGAGGGGAGGAAUAGCCAGAGGGAGAGGAGAGAGGUUCUUGGGUGCGCGGUUAUUUCUUCAGAUCGCUAAUUUUCUGCUUUUGUGUUCGCGGGUUGCAGCCAUGUGGAAGUGGGCCGUGAUUGGCUGGAUCCUGCUGAAGCUGUGCGUGGCGGCUCCUCCUCUGCACAUCGAUCGCCUGGCGCUGUUCCCCGAUAAGAGCGCUUGGUGCGAGGCCAAGAACAUCACUCAGAUCAUCGGGCACACCGGCUGCCAGCCCCACUCCAUACAGAACAGGGCAUGUCUGGGGCAGUGUUUCAGCUACAGUGUGCCCAACACCUUCCCUCAGCUGACCGAGUCCCUGGUGCACUGCGACUCCUGCAUGCCCGUGCAGAUGCAGUGGGAGGUGAUAACACUGGAGUGCCCGGGCAACAAAGAGAUGCCCUACGUGGACAAGCUGGUGGAGCGCAUCCUCCAGUGCAGCUGCCAGUCCUGCGACAAGGAGGCGGGCCAGCAGGGGGCGCUGCUGCAGCUCUUUCCCUCCAACGCCACGCCGGAGCCGCCCGCCAGGGGCAACGAGGGCCGCACCCACGGCCGUCCUGGCGCGCACGCCCAACACCCUCACGCACAUGCCCAGCACGCUAAUGUGCAUGCCCAACACGCUCACGCGCACCCAGACUCGCACCCACACCCGCACAAGCCUGCGGGGGGAUAGUGACAGCAGGAAGGGGGGCAUAGCUUCUUCUUCCAUCUCUGUUCUAUUUCUGUAUUCCGAUCCACUUUUCUCCAUCUAAAAAAGCCCCCGUUGUAUUCCUCGCCUGGAACCAAGCUCUUUUCUUCCACUUGCGAUUUUGCACAACCGAAACACUUUUUGGAACCGCGGUUAAGGGCUCCAUGCACUGGAGAACUUCACCCAGACUAGCCCAAAAUAAGGAACCGCAUUUUGGGCCCAGAUUUUCCCAAAUUUUUAAACAGGAUCAAAAUGAUCCAUAUUCAAAUAAUCCACUCCUGCAAUCUGGGAUCAUUUCAGUGAUUUUCAUCUGGUUCUUAAAAAGACUUGGUAAAUUUGGUAAAUAUAAACAAGGUGACAAAAUCUGGAUCUACAAUGCUUUUAUUACAGAUCUGUUGAGCAUGAUCUGCAAACAGAAUUAAUUUCCCUGAACACAUUAAAAUGGCUUUGUUUUCAUUCCAAAGGGGGGAAAAAAACAUUUAAAAAUAAAAUUAAAGAUAAUGUUUAAAAAGAAAAAAUUUACACAGAAAAAGAACCGAAAUAUAGUGGAAUGUUUUUUUAAGUCAGUGUUCUAGAACUAGAACAUUGCUUUCAGUUACCAGUAGUGAUUGUUACACCAGCAUUAGAAUGUUCAGUUAAGAACAUUCUCAUCACAUAUUGGCAAUUUCACACCGUAAGGGGUCGAGGAGCAUGUGCACGUCAUCGUCUGUUUGCUGAAGUAGGCUAAUGUUGAUUUCACUUGUUCCUCUACUAGACAGGUUUGAAUUAGCUGAACCUUAUUGUCUGUGGAAGAUGUGCAAUUAUAGAUACCAUUGUAAUGCAUUACUGUGAGUGCUCAUGAGUGCUCAAGCUUUAUUUUGCGACGAUCACUUUCCUUUUAAACUUUUUGUUGCUGUUGUUCGGUGUUGCUUUAUCUUCAAUGUAAUAAAUAAAAAAUUAUAUUUUCCUUA